GUUAUUUUGCAAGCGGGAGGGGCCGUGCGCGCUCUUGCCUUAGGCCUCUGUCCCCCACCCCCUUCGCCGGUACCGGUCUCUUCUUCGGAAAGAUGUCGGACACAGCAGUGGCUGACACUCGGCGCCUUAACUCGAAGCCUCAGGACCUGACCGACGCUUAUGGGCCACCAAGUAACUUCCUGGAGAUAGACAUCUUUAAUCCACAGACGGUGGGCGUGGGCCGCGCGCGCUUCACUACCUAUGAGGUUCGCAUGCGGACAAACCUGCCUAUCUUCAAGCUGAAAGAAUCCUGUGUACGGAGACGCUACAGUGACUUUGAGUGGCUGAAAAAUGAGCUGGAGCGAGAUAGUAAGAUUGUAGUACCACCACUGCCUGGGAAGGCCUUGAAGCGGCAGCUCCCUUUCCGAGGAGAUGAAGGGAUCUUUGAGGAAUCUUUCAUUGAAGAAAGGCGGCAAGGCCUUGAACAAUUUAUUAACAAAAUCGCUGGGCACCCACUGGCUCAGAAUGAACGCUGUCUACACAUGUUCCUGCAGGAGGAGGCAAUUGAUAGGAACUACGUCCCUGGGAAGGUGCGCCAAUAGGAGUCCCUCUCACCACUUGCCUUCUACUUUUCCUGCUGAAAUGACAUUGGUUUUUACACUAAGUCUCUCUCUCUCUCUUUGAUCUGAAGUUGGCUGCCCAUCCCCUGGCCUGAUAGACUGUCUUGCAUUGUGCCCCUUGGUACCAGACUAUACUGUGUGGGCACUCUGCUAGUAUCUCUUCUCUGAAGAGAGGUGGGAAACCACAGGCAGAUGCUCUUUGCUUGGGGUUGGGGUGGGAGAGGGAUUGGCCUGGAAGGCAAUUUCUUGGGCAUUUUACCCAUGCCAGAAGGCUAAUCUUGGGGGGAGGGGGGCUUGUGCUAUGAGGCACUGGGAUAUAUUACUGAUGCUGCAAGUCUAGGGGCUUUUUCUUAUUCUUAGGUUUAACCAGGAACACUGAAUAGGGGAGAAUCCCUACUUUUCCUACCUGCAUGAAAAUUUGGUGGAGACCUAAAACUUCUUAUUUUUUUCUAGGCCUGCUCCCAGUUUUCUCAGCAUUUUUUUUUUUCUCUUCCUUAUUGCUUUUCAUGGCAGUAAUCCUCCUAGAAUUUAAUCAGUCUGAUAUGUGGAGCAGAGUGUAUGGGUUUUCUGGGCCAAUCAUGGUUACUGCAAAGUCAAGAAAGCCAUAGGGUAGUAUAGUAGGGUGCUCCUAUUGCCUAGCCCCUCUCCCUUUUUUGGCUCCCUGUUCUGGCUGUUUGUAUUUUGCUCACUCGCUAAUGAGUCUGUAUGGGCCAGGAGUUCUCCCCCUCUUCAAGCCCUUGUUACUUUAUGGGUUAGCUUUAUGGGUUUUGAGGGAUUAGAGCAACUUAUCACUGCCAGGUGACUUCCUGAAUGGUGGGAGGGGGGUCAUGUUUUAGGUUCCUCUUGGUGGUAAGGAAGAGCAACAUCAUUUUCCUCCUUCCAUUCCUCCUUUUCCCAUUUCAUUUACUGCUGCCCCAAGGGCAGAAACACAUACAUACCACAGUUUCUGAUUUCUCCUAAGCACUUUGAGCUGUUGAAUGGGGCUCAGGGGUGAGAGUAGUCUGCUGCCUUCCCCAGCAUGGUCACAGGGUUAUUGAACUGCCUGCACUUGUUUCCAAUGGAACUUCAGUGUUGUCCCCAGAAAUUGAAAUGGGGCUAGCAGCUAGGUGUAGAUUUCCCAAACCUUAGAGGCUAAAGCAGCUUCUUGAGGCUGACAACUAUUGUAGGCUAUUGAUCGGGAGGUGGUGGGUUGUUUGCUGGGACCUGCUGUCUGUCCAAGAAAUGGGAUGAGAGCAAGUUAACUCUGGUGCCCAGUGAAAGUUGGGACUUGUACCUUAGACUCCUAUCAUGGAAGGAUUUGUGUUUUUUUUGUUUUUUUUUUUUUUUCUGUAGGUCCUUGGGGAAAAGGAUUGCUGAUUCUGGUGUGACCCUAGUCAGAGAGAUCAGGAUUAGAUUUUGACAUGGGACUUGGAGCCCAUCUCAGUGUUGAAGAUCUUUGAGAUAGAUUAACUGUUCAGCUGCUGAGCCUAUGCUGGGAGCUGAGUAGCCCCUUUCCCACCUCACCAGUAUCAGUGUCCUUGCUGCCUUUUGAUCUGUUACAGAUUUUUUUUGUAAGAUUUCUUCUUUCAUUGUCCACAAGUGCUGAGACUCUGAGGCCCCACUUCUGCUAUGUAUAUAUCCUGACUUGGGGCUUUAAUUCAGCAAAUUGUUCAUUCUUCUGUCAGACAAUGUCAUAUUCAAUUCUGUUCAUAUUAAACCACUGUGAAGCAAGCCUC